ACGGAGCCGGCCAGACAGAGCAGGCAGCAGCGGGCGGAGCGACGCGGCCGUAGAGCGCGCCGGCCUCUCACACGUGCAGCGGACGCCGAGGGAAGUCCGGCCCGCGCGCGCGCGCCCGGGCGUGCUGUGGCGCGACAUGGAGUGACUGUGUGACGGUGCGAGUGACUGUGGCAGUGUGACGGCGUGACAGUGAGACAGUGUGUACCCGUGGACAAGUGCACCCGGUCAGAAGGAUACCGCAAGAGGAUCCCGCUGGGGGCCAGGCCGGCCCCCCGGCCUCCCCCAGAAAAGCAGCCCCCCAGAAGCAUAAAGGUUCACUUAGCCUGUCUUUGGUCACCACAAGCAGGACGUUCUGCCGUAGCAGCCUCGGGUGACGCGGUGCGGCAUGUCCUUGGAUGAGGCGGCUGACGUCGGGCUGCCCUGCCCCGGACCCACUGCGGCGGCCUCGGCGGCGGCGGCGGCGGCUGCCUCGGGGGCCGCUGGGCUCGCCGUCAACCUCACCAGCCUGGUGGGCUGCAACACGACCCUGGUCAUCAGCACGGCUGGGCCCAGCCCCUCGUCGAGCACCUUCAGCGCGCCGAUCAACUUCACAUGGCAGGACUUGACGGUCGUGGCCGUGUCCUGCAUCGUCAUCGCACUUAUCGUGAUCGGCAACACCCUGGUGAUCGUGGCGGUCAUGACAACGCGCCGGCUGCGGACCAUCACGAACUGCUUCGUCAUGUCGUUAGCCGUGGCGGACUGGCUGGUGGGGGUGUUCGUGCUGCCGCCUGCGGUGGCGUACCAGCUCAUGGGCACGUGGGAGCUGGGCUGGGUGCUGUGCGACCUGUGGGUGUCGCUGGACGUGCUGCUGUGCACCGCCUCCAUCCUCUCGCUGUGCGCCAUCUCGGUUGACCGCUACCUGGCCGUCACGCAGCCGCUCAACUACUCGCGCCGGCGGCGCUCCAAGCGCCUCGCGCUCGCCAUGAUCCUGGCCGUGUGGGUGGUGGCGGCCGCCAUCACUUGCCCGCCCAUCCUAGGCUGGUGAGUCAAGCCGCAAAGUGUUUAGGGAUUUUAAUUUUCCGAAAAAGUUAAAAUUUUCCGAAAAA